AUGGCUGCGCACUGGUGGCUUCUUCGCGCAGUACAGUCCCUCGAGGACCACAUUGUCGCAUCCAUCCUCCGUCAACCCGGCUUCCACCGCGCGGUAGGCCGCAUACACAAAACGAUACACGAGAAGCAAUACGGAAGAAAUCCCCACGAACCGUUGGCCCCUGGCGAAGCGACUGCGGAUCCAAAUUCUACUAGCAGAAACGAACAAUUCGCGAAGCACUUUAUCGACGAGAUCAAGAACCAAUUCAGAGGAAAGCCGACCGAGUUUCCCGGCGACAAGACUAGAAAGUGA